GCCAACUAACUACACACAGCCAACUAUACACACAGCCAGCUACACCCAGCAACACACAGCCAACUACACACACACACUGCCAGCUACACACAGCCAGCUACACCCGCAGACUAACAGCUAGAAGGACAACAGAAGCCUUAUGGAAUAUCAGCGUUGCCUGACAGAAGAAUAGAGAGUCACUGGCAACAGGACAACAUUCUGGGGAACCGCAAGAGCCUCUUUUGAGCAUCAAUAUGCUGUCCUUCUGCAGUUGGUCAGGUUGAAAUAUCACCAAACGCCUUCAGGUUGAAGCUCCUCCUGGUAGAAUCUGAGGGGCGAUGGGGAACACAGCCACUAAAUUCCGCAAGGCUCUGAUCAACGGUGACGAGGGUCUGGCCUAUCAGCUGUAUGAGGGGAGCCCCCAGUUUAAAGAGAGCCUGGACCCCAACACUUCAUAUGGCGAACCCUACCAACAUAACACUCCUCUGCACUACGCCGCCAGGCACGCCAUGACACGACUCAUCAGGUCCUUUCUCUUCAGUAAGGACGGCAACCCCAACAAGCGUAACGUUCACAAUGAGACGUCCCUCCAUCUCCUCUGUAUGGGCCCCCAGAUCCUAAUGGGGGAGGGGCCUCUGCAGCCGCGGCUGGCCCGACCCGAGCUGGACGAGAUGAAGAGGGCAGAGUGUCUCCAGAUCAUCCUGAAAUGGACCGGAGCCAAGCUGGACCAGGGAGAGUAUGAGAACGCCAACGUCAACUUCACUGACAACAAGAAGAACACAUCGCUGCACUACGCAGCCGCCUCGGGGUUGAAGAAGUGUGUUGAGAUUCUAGUAAAUAGGGAAGCGGACCUGUUUGCGGAGAAUGAGGACCGUGAGACGCCGUGUGACUGUGCAGAGAAGCAGCAUCACAAGGAGCUGGCCCUCAGCCUGGAGUCUCGGAUGGUCUUCAGUCUGGUCCCAGAAGGCAUAGAGGCAGAGUACACUGCUCUGGACCACAGAGAGCUAUACGAGGGUCUGAGGCCUCAGGAGCUGCGUCGUCUGAAGGACAUGCUGAUAGUGGAGACGGCAGACAUGCUGCAGACCCCUCUCUUUACUGCUGAGGCUCUGCUUAGAGCACAUGACUGGGACAGAGAGAACCUGCUGGAGGCCUGGAUGUCUAACGCUGAGGAAUGCUGCCAGCGGUCUGGGGUCCACAUGCCCAGUGCUCCUCCUAGUGGGUACAACGCCUGGGACACCCUGCCGUCCCCUCGUACCCCCAGGACCACACGCUCCUCCAUCACCUCCCCUGACGAGAUCAGCCUCUCCCCCGGGGACGACGAUAGAACACCGUGUGGUAUCUGUAUGUGCCCCCUCUCUAUCUUCGAGGAACCGGUUGACAUGUCAUGUGGUCACGAGUUCUGCCGAGCCUGCUGGGAAGGGUUUCUGAAUCUGAAGAUUCAGGAAGGGGAGGCUCACAACAUCUUCUGCCCGGCGCACGACUGCUUCCAGCUGGUUCCUGUGGAGGUCAUAGAGAGUGUCGUCUCCAGAGAGAUGGACAAGCGCUACCUGCAGUUCGACAUCAAGGCGUUUGUGGAGAACAACCCAGCUAUCCGCUGGUGUCCCAAGGCGGGCUGUGAGCGGGCGGUGCGUCUCUCAUCCCGGGGUCCAGGUAGCAGCUCCUCGGACCCGUUCAGUCUACCUCUCCUCAGAGCGCCCGCUGUGGACUGUGGCAAGGGACACGUGUUCUGUUGGGAGUGCCAGGGAGAAGCCCAUGAACCAUGCGACUGCCAGACAUGGAAGAUGUGGCUGGCUGAAGUGACUGAGAUGAGACCCCAAGAAUUGGCUGGUGUGAGUGAAGCCUAUGAAGACGCAGCCAACUGCUUGUGGUUACUGUCAAACGCCAAACCCUGCGCCAACUGCAAGUCUCCUAUUCAGAAGAACGAAGGCUGCAACCACAUGCAGUGUGCUAAGUGUAAGUAUGACUUCUGCUGGAUCUGUCUGGAGGAAUGGAAGAAACACAGCUCUUCUACUGGAGGUUACUACCGCUGUACCCGCUAUGAGGUCAUCAACCAGGUGGAGGAGCAGAACAAAGACAUGACUGUGGAGGCUGAGAAGAAGCACAAGGGAUUCCAGGAACUGGACCGCUUCAUGCACUACUACACCCGCUUCCAGAACCACGAACACAGCUACCAGCUGGAGCAGCGCCUGUUGAAGACCGCCAAAGACAAGAUGGAACAGCUGAGCAGAGCCUUGAGUGGACGAGACGGAGGCCCACCUGACACUACGUUCAUUGAAGAUGCUGUACUGGAGCUGCUGAAGACGCGUCGCAUCCUCAAGUGCUCUUACCCCUACGGCUUCUUCCUGGAGAUCAAAUCCACCAAGAAAGAGAUUUUUGAACUUAUGCAGACUGACUUGGAGAUGGUGACAGAGGACCUAGCUCAGAAAGUCAACCGUCCUUACCUCCGAACUCCCCGUCAUAAGAUCAUCCGAGCGGCCUGUUUGGUGCAGCAGAAGAGACAGGAGUUCCUGGCCUCCGUCGCCCGGGGGGUGGCCCCCAGCGACUCCCCAGAGGCCCCUAGACGCAGUUUUGGAGGUGGAACGUGGGACUGGGAGUAUUUGGGCUUUGCAUCUCCUGAGGAGUAUGCAGAGUUUCAAUACCGGAGGAGACACAGGGAUCGUCAGCAGAGGAGACAGAGAGGGGACAUUCCCCAUCUUGACGAGCCUAGCGACUGCACUUUAGACACACAGGAAAUGGGAGGUGGGCGAAGACCUGGUCCCCCCAUGGGCUCAUUGGACGAGGACGAUGCCAACAUCCUAUUGGCUAUCCAGCUGUCACUCCAAGAGUCUGGGUUGGCGACGGCCGGGGACACUCCAGAGUUGUUGUCCAAUGAGGCGUCCCUGGGGGCCAUCGGCACCUCCCUCCCGUCCAGACUGGACGCGGAGUCCCAGAGGGUGGAGGUGGGGCCUCGGGGAGCCGUCAGCAGCCAGCGGCUCUAUGAAGGGGUUCCAGGGGUCUAUGCGUUACACCACCACCACUCAUCCCAGCAGCACUACAGCAACCACAAUCUCAACCCGUUUAGGGAGCCUUCUUCAGGCCAGGCUCUGUUCUCGUCCUCCAGUGGUACUACAGACUCCACUACCACCGCAUCAACAGGGCUCCAGGACCCCUCACACCCAAACACCAACCUGCUGGGUAACAUCAUGGCCUGGUUCCAUGACAUGAACCCUCAGAGCAUCACCCUCAUCCCCUCCACCACCACCACCACCACCUCCUCAGACACAGACCUAGACUUCAACACGGCAGCACAGACCACGGCCAACACAGCCUCCGAGGUGGAGGAGGUCCAAGCUGACCUCCACCAGCCCCGUGCCAAACCCCAGAAAGGUGAGGGCGAGCUGGGGGAAGAUGUGGACUGUUUCCCCUUCCUUUCUCAGGGCCUGGAGAAGAAGGAGGCAGAGAGGGAGAGACCCACCCAUCUAGACCUGACGGUGGGGUCAGAGGUCAUGGCCCCGUCCUACAUGGUGACUACCGGGACAGGGGACCGGGCCGGGGAGAGGCUCGCUGGGGGUAACAUCGUUCGCGUUGACACGCCCAUGUGUGACUCUGUGACCUCUGACCUUCUGCCUAGCACCAGCUCUUCAGAAUGGGAGGAGCAGAUACACCUUGUCUGAUUGGUGGAGAAAAAAAAACUCUUAAGUGGGGACGGAGGAGAUACACCUGGUCUGAUUUAUGAUUGGAGGAAAAUUCUGAGUUGGUGGAGCAAAUCCACCUGUUUAUGACUCUGAUUGGAGGAAACAUGAGAUGGGAGGAGCAAAGUCUCCUGGUCUGAUAGAAGACAGAAGCCUUCAGAGGGGUCAAACCACUGCCAUGCAGAGAGAGAGAGAGAGAGAGAGGAACAAUCCGGACUGAGAGGGGACAUUACCAAGUAGCCAGUGAUGGUGUUGGGGGGGAAUUUAAUCCUGACUUGAUUGUAGUGUUAGGAGGAGAUAUAUGAUGAUGGAGUGUAUUUCUCUUUCUAGUGUUUACACAUUAAACACUUGAUAGCUGGUCUAUACUGGCAUGAGAUGCCCCCUCCUCCCGGGUGAACGACGGACGGAGGACUGGAUGGACUCCUAAGAAGCGAGAUGGAAGGUGUUUGACUGGGUGUUGUUGGUAUUAUAUUACCCACAAUGGAUAUUUGCUGAAAACAGAAUGACGAUCAAGUUGCUUCUCUCUGAUGAUCUGUUGAGAUUACAACAUGAGGUCAUUAUACUGCAUUAUUAUAGUGAAUACAUUUUCACAGGAGUUUUUGAUCUCGUUUUUUUUUUGUUGAUAUUGAUGAUCAUAUUCUUAAAUGUUUUCCGCUGAAAUAUACUGUAUUGUGUUUGGACUUGGUUCUGAGGGAGGCUGUAGUCAGCUGUACAGGAGAGUUCUGAGGGAGGUUGUAAUCAGCUGUACAGGAGAGUUCUGAGGGAGGUUGUAAUCAGCUGUACAGGAGAGUUCUGAGGGAGGCUGUAGUCAGCUGUACAGGAGAGUUCUGGGGGAGGUUGUACUCAGCUGUACAGGAGAGUUCUGAGGGAGGCUGUAAUCAGCUGUACAGGAGAGUUCUGAGGGAGGCUGUAAUCGGCUGUACAGGAGACUUCUUAGGGAGGUUGUAAUCAGCUGUACAGGAGAGUUCUGAGGGAGGCUGUAAUCAGCUGUACAGGAGAGUUCUGAGGGAGGUUGUAAUCAGCUGUACAGGAGAGCAAUGCUGUGCUGCCUGCUUCUAGUAGUGUUAUUAUCCCAAUAUAACAGUGUACAGUCUGACUCAGCAGAAAAACCUCUCAGUCCCGUCCAGAUCUGCCUAAUGUUUCUGUAAAUUGGUAGGUGUCAAACACUGGCUAACAAAAGCACCGUUUGUAAUCACUAAUCACUAAGUGGACUCCAAAAACUAAUUGUGCCUGCUUAGAUCUAUUCCAUGUUGUUGUACUGAACCCAUUAGAAGACUGUCUGACUGACAGCCUGAUGUUUGUCAAGUAUUCAUGAAGAUGGACGAGGCUAGAACCCAUUAGAAGACCGUCUUCAUGGACGAGGCUAGAACCCAUUAGAAGACCGUCUUCAUGGACGAGGCUAGAACCCAUUAGAAGACUGUAUUCAUGAAGAUGGACGAGGCUAGAACCCAUUAGAAGACUGUCUUCAUGGACGAGGCCAGAACCCAUUAGAAGACUGUCUUCAUGGACGAGGCUAGAACCCAUUAGAAGACUGUCUUCAUGGACGAGGCUAGAACCCAUUAGAAGACUGUCUUCAUGAAGAUGGACGAGGCUAGAACCCAUUAGAAGACUGUCUUCAUGAAGAUGGACGAGGCUAGAACCCAUUAGAAGACUGUCUUCAUGAAGAUGGAUGAGGUUAGAACCCAUUAGAAGACUGUCUUCAUGAAGAUGGACGAGGCUAGAACCCAUUAGAAGAUUGUCUUCAUGAAGAUGGACUAGGCUAGAACCCAUUAGAAGACUGUCUUCAUGAAGAUGGACGAGGCCAGAACCCAUUAGAAGACAGUCUUCAUGAAGAUGGACGAGGCCAGAACCCAUUAGAAGACAGUCUUCAUGAAGAUGGACGAGGCCAGAACCCAUUAGAAGACAGUCUUCAUGAAGAUGGACGAGGCCAGAACCCAUUAGAAGACAGUCUUCAUGAAGAUGGACGAGGCCAGAACCAAUUAGAAGACAGUCUUCAUGAAGAUGGACGAGGCCAGAACCCAUUAGAAGACAGUCUUCAUGAAGAUGGACGAGGCCAGAACCCAUUAGAAGACAGUCUUCAUGAAGAUGGACGAGGCUAGAACCCAUUAGAAGACUGUCUUCAUGGACGAGGCUAGAACCCAUUAGAAGACAGUCUUCAUGAAGAUGGACGAGGCUAGAACCCAUUAGAAGACUGUCUUCAUGAAGAUGGACGAGGCCAGUAGCCCUGAAGGGACAAUAGAGAGGAACAAUCUGCUGCUGUUCACUCCAAUAGGAAAACAUCAGUAGUUAAAGAGGAGAAUUGUAAUCAGAUACGUUGUUCAUGUUUAUACCUAAUAAUGAUGUCACUGGUUCAUUCUGAACUAUUAUAGGGCUGCUUUCUCAGACGACCCCUUGGUCCUGGACUAAACAUCACUUUCAAUGGAGAAUGUCCAUUCACCACUGCUCUCUUAUCCCAGAACUAGGUUUAGGCCGAAUGAGGAAACCGGUCCGUUUUAUAAAGAUAUAUAUAAACCUGUUACGAAAGUUUUAAGCCUUGAUGGGACUCAGCAACUACAGUAGAGGGGUUCAGUGGGUCGUAAAAAAUGGUUCUCUACGCAAUUCAUUACAGUGCCUUUAUGUCAAUCUUUUUAAAUAUAUUGCCACAUUUUUACAGAGGUCUUACAGUAAGUAAUCAUGUGUAGCUACACUAUAUAUACAAAAGUAUGUGGACACCCCUUCAAAUGAGUGGAUUCGGCUAUUUCAGACACAUCUGUUGCCGACAGAUGAGCACGCCGCCAUGCAAUCUCCAUAGACAAAACAAUGGUAGUAGAAUCGCCUUAGUGAAGAGCUCAUUGACGUUCAACGUGGCACCGUCGUAGGAUGCCACCUUUCCAGCAAGUCAGUUUGUAAAAUUUCUGCCCUGCUAAAGCUGCCCCCGGUCAACUGUAAGUUCUGUUAUUGUGAAGUGGAAAUGUCCAAGAGCAACAACGGCUCAGCCGCUAAGUGGUAGGCCACAUAAGCUCACAGAAUGGGACCACCCGAGCGCUUGGCACGUAACAAUCGUCUGACCUCGGUUGCAACACUCACUACUGAGUUUCAAACUGCCUCUGGAAGCAACGUCGGCACAAGAACUGUUCGUUGAGAGCUUCAUGAAAUGGGUUUCCAUGGCCGAGCAGCCGCACACAAGCCUAACAUCACCAUGCGCAAUGCCAAGCGUCGGCUGGAGUGGUGUAAAGCUCACCACCAUUGGAUUCUGGAGUAGUGGAAACACAUGCUCUGGAGUGAUGAACCACGCUUCACCAUCUGGCAGUCUGACGGAUGAAUCUGGGUUUUCCGAAUGCCAGGAGAACACUACCUGCCUGAAUGCAUAGUGCCAACUGUAAAGUUUGGUGGAGGAGGUUUUUCAUGGUUCGAGCCCCUUAGUUCGAGUGAAGGGAAAUCUUAAUGCUACAGCAUACAAUGACAUUCUAGAUGAUUCUCUGCUUCCAACUUUGAGACAAACGUUUUGGAAAGGCCCUUUCCUAUUUCAGCAUGACAAUGCCCCCGUUCACAAAGCGAGGUCCAUACGGAAAUGGUUUGUCGAGAUUGGUGUGGAAGAACUUGACUGGCCUGCACAAAGCUCUGACCUCAACCCUAUCGAACACCUUUGGGAUGAAUUGGAACGCAGACUGCGAGCCAGGAGGCCUAAUCGCCCAACAUCAAUGCGCUGACCUCACUAAUGCUCUUGUGACUGAAUGGAAGGAAGUCCCCUCAGUAAUGUUCCAACCUCUAGUGGAAAGCCUUCCCAGAAGAGUGGAGGCUGUUAUAGCAGCAAUGUUCCAACCUCUAGUGGAAAACCUUCCCAGAAGAGUGGAGGCUGUUAUAGCAGCAAUGUUCCAACAUCUAGUGGAAAGCCUUCCCAGAAGAGAGGAGGCUGUUAUAGCAGCAAUGUUCCAACAUCUAGCGGAAAGCCUUCCCAGAAGAGUGGAGGCUGUUAUAGCAGAAAUGUUCCAACCUCUAGUGGAAAGCCUUCCUAGAAGAGAGGAGGCUGUUAGAGCAGCAAUGUUCCAACAUCUAGUGGAAAGCCUUCCCAGAAGAGUGGAGGCUGUUAUAGCAGCAAUGUUCCAACAUCUAGUGGAAAGCCUUCCCAGAAGAGAGGAGGCUGUUAUAGCAGCAAUGUUCCAACAUCUAGUGGAAAGCCUUCCCAGAAGAGAGGAGGCUGUUAUAGCAGCAAAGGGGAGGACCAACUCCAUAUUUAAUACCCAUGUUUUUUGGAAUGAGAUGUUGGCCGUUCAGGUGUCCACAUACUUUUGAUCAUGUAGUGUACAAACUACAAACACACGUUAUAGAAAUUCCACUCACAACACUAACACGUGUCCAAACCUGCUACUUUUUUUAAAAAGAGAUUUUUAUAAUUGUAGCCUCUCUUUAGUGUUCAAGUUGUUUCCCCAGAGUGUGUUAUUUCUAUAGUGUUUUAUAAAUUUACAUCUCUGAUUUUGACCUGAUGAUAUUGAACACUGUUUUACUGGUUUGUUAGUUAUUUCGUUGCGGGUGGGCUUUGGUGGGUUGUUCUUGGAUGGACAGACAUAUCUGUGGGUUCGAUAACCGAUCUACAAGUUGAUGACGAGUGUUUGACUUUUUGGGGGGAAAGGUAUUUAUAAAAUGUAUCCUGGAGCAGAAAACACAAUGUAGGACAGUGGGGGGAAAAGAAACAGACGUAUUUAUUUAAAUUUAAUUGAAUACAUUUAAAUUUAAACUUUCUUAUUACAAUUUGAAAAUGGAUAUCGAGAUAUACUGAAUAACUAAUUUUGAAAGAAAAAAAACUAGUUGUAUUGAUUUGUUGCCUAUAUAAAGUAUUAAUAAAUGAUAAAUUAUAUUUCAACGUUUCACAUUUUGGAAUUGAUCUUUAGCCAAACCUAGUGUGAUUUGUAUUGGAAGUAAUUGAUCUUUAGCCAAACCUAGUGUGAUUUGUAUUGGAAGUAAUUGAUCUUUAGCCAAACCUAGUGUGAUUUGUAUUGGCAGUAAUUGAUCUUUAGCCAAACCUAGUGUGAUUUGUAUUGGCAGUAAUUGAUCUUUAGCCAAACCUAGUGUAAUUUGUAUUGGCAGUAAUUGAUCUUUAGCCAAACCUAGUGUGAUUUGUAUUGGACGUAAUUGUAAAGUGACUAUUGAAACAACCGCUGAAGAAACUAAUUGCAUUGAAACGUGUCUUGCAAACGUCAAGCUGUGAGUGCCGUACACGAAGCUGGUGAACUUGUGGGACUUCAGUCAUGUAAAUUGAUUUGUCCUCGAUGUAACAGUUUCAGCUGUGCAUGAAAUGAGUAAAACAUGAAAUUACAUUUGAAUUUGGAUUUUCUUGGCAUUUUUACUUUUUAAAAAAUAUAUAAUUUUUUUUAUUAAUUAAUUUAAAAAAAAAGGCAAAUGUUGUUGAAAGCCAUUACAUGUUUAUUAUGAAGCAACUAAUCCUUGAAAUACUAUUUGCACUUUCAUUUCUAUACCUUAUACAUUCCCUCUUGAAAUGAAAAACAUACUGUUUUGAUGUGUGGCCAAUAAACAUUGAAUUUUA